GACAGUUUUGUGUUAUCGGUUGGUUAGGAGUCAGUCUGACGGUGCCGAGUACGUUUAGUCUCCUUAUUUAUAACAUAAUACGUCGUACGCAGAGGAACCGAUUUUUUUCUCCCCUCAGACAUGUACGGUCUCCUGAUAGUGGCACUGUUGGAUCUAACCCUCGACGUGGUCGGAAGUGUCUCGCAAGCGGAGAUUGCUAAACAUCUGGAGUACGGCAGGGAAUUCCUGGCGAAGGGUCAACUACAAGAUGCUUUGUCACACUACCAUGCAGCAGUUGAGGGGGACCCGAGCAAUUACUUGACGUAUUACAAGAGAGGUACAGUUUAUUUAGCGCUGGGCAAAGCUAAGUUUGCCCUCCUCGACCUCGACAAGGUUCUAGAACUGAAGGCGGACUUUACACCAGCGAAACUGCAACGUGGUAACAUUUUACUUAAGCAAGCUCAUUUUGACGAGGCUGAAAACGACUUUCACGACGUGCUAGCAUUAGAACCAAAUAAUAGGGAUGCCUUGAAUGCCUUAGAUAGGUUAUAUCCAGCUAGAGAAGAUAUGAAAUUAGUCGAUAUAUUUGUGUAUAAUGGCGAUCACGUAGCAGCUGUACAGCAAAUUACUCGACUCAUCGAGAUAUGUCCAUGGUCCUCGUAUCUUAGAGAACGUAGGGCGGAGAGUCAUGUUGCCCUCGGGGAUUUUAUGAGUGCUGUAUCGGAUAUACGUUCAACUACCAAAUUGUUAUCUGAUAAUACGGAGGGUUUCUUCAAGCUCUCGACGUUGCUCUAUCGUCUCGGAGACGUUGAUGAGGCAUUAAAGGAGAUUCGAGAAUGUUUAAAGCUUGAUCCUGACCAUAAGCAAUGUUUCCCCUUUUAUAAGAAGAUUAGAAAGAUAAAAAAGUUGUUACAAGAUGCGGAGACAGCACUAGAAGAAAAGGAUUAUGACGCGUGCAUUGAUCCAGCUCGUCGUGUAUUAACGCAAGAACCAAACGAGCCGAAAGUGCAAUUCAUGGCUUAUCAUUAUCUCUGCAAAUGUUACUCAGAAAAUUCUGAGGCAACUCAGGCGAUUAGUAAUUGCCAAGAGGCUUUAAAUAUCAGAAGAGAACCGAGUGUAUUGUGCGACAGUGCAGAAGCGUAUCUUGCCGCAGAAAUGUUCGACGAUGCCAUCAGGGAUUUUAAGGAAGCAUUAGAAAUAGAUUCAAACUUCCAAAGAGCCAAACAGGGACUGCAAAAAGCGCAACAACGGCAAAAGUUAUCGGAAUCGCGAGAUUAUUAUAAGAUUUUAGGUGUUCCAAGAACGGCGAAUAAGCGGGAUAUUAUCAAGGCUUAUCGGAAAGCGGCACAAAAGUGGCAUCCUGAUAAUUUCCAAGAGGGCGAUGAGAAGAAACGCGCGCAAAAGAAGUUCAUCGACAUCGCCGCUGCUAAGGAGGUUCUUACGGACGACGAGAAGAGGGCGAAAUUUGAUCAGGGCGAGGAUCCUCUGGAUCCGGAAUCGGGCCGGCACCAGCAAGGCUUCAAUCCCUUCCAGGAGUUCCAUCACUUCCACGGUUCUCCCUUCCAGUUUAAAUUCCACUUCAAUUAAACACGCCCCUAUCUCGCG